AACGUCAGUUGCCGUUCGACGCUCAAGCGAAAGUGCUCUGGAAUAAGUGAAAGUGACAGUGGCGAGUGCAAAGUGCRAAGUGCGAAGUGCGGGCUAUAUACAAAUAGAAAAUAGGAUAUACGUCUUAAGGAUGCGUUUGUUGAGUUUAACGCUGCUGCUGCUAGGCGGCGCAUUGUGCAGCGCCCAGGAUGCGCAGCCGGGUGCCACCGUUGUCAGCGGCCCCGAGGCAGCUGCUGCCGUCGAUAGCUUGACCCAGGGCGACACUAAGGGUGAUGCGACAAAUGCCACCACUGCGCCGGCCAAGCUGCAGAUACCCAGCCAAGAUCAGAUUCUCGCUCAGAUGCCACCCGUUACGCUACCUCACAGUGGCAUUCCCACAGUGGAUGCCUUCUAUUUCAUGUUCCCAGCUUUGAGCAGCCUCUUGCGUUGGGGCAGCCUCUUUCCGGCGCAGACUCUGCUCGGCGCCGUGCCGGACAAUCUGCAGGCAUCUCCCUCCAAGGUGGUGCUGGUCCUAGCCGAUGAUGCGAAUGGUCACAAGUCACGUGUAACGCGUCAGGAUGCAGCUCCUGCUGCUCCUGCACCACCUGCCCCAGCUCCGCCAGGAGCGCUGAAUGGCGCGGCUAUGUUGCAGCAAAUGCAGCAAAUGCUUGGCCAGAUGCCGCCGCCGAAUCUUGCCCAGAUGGUCCCGCCGAAUCUUGCUCAGAUGAUGCCCCGACCACCCGCCGGCUGGCUGCCGGACGGCUUCAGCCUGGGCCAAAUGCCCCCACUGCCGGACAACUUCAAUCUCGGGCAGAUGCCGCCAAUGCCGGAUGCCUUCAAUCUAGGCCAGAUGGCGCCCGUUAUGCAGAGCUUUGGACUGCCAACACUCGACGGCCUGCUCGGCCAGGCACCCGCUGCGACCACGACCACACCAGCUCCACCCGCAGCCAAGCCCGCGGAUGAGCCGGCAGCACCGGCGCCGGCACCUGCUGGCCCGACGCUUGGCCAGGCUCCACCACCGGGAUUCGGAUCGUUCUUCGAUGGCAGCAACAACCUGUUGGGCAGCGCCUUGAGCGGUAUACCCGGAGCCCCGACCCCGGAUUCGUUCAUGGCCGGACUACGUCAGUUCUUGCCGGGCAGCAGUGCCCAGGCCUCGGACAUAUCGGAGGUGCGUGUCAAACCGGAGCACCACGACAGCAUCAACUAUCGGGCGCCACAGCAGACGCAGGCGCAGCUGGCUCAGCUGAAGAUUAAGUCAGCGCUACAGAUGGAGCAGGAGAAGCAGCAAGUGCCGUUGCUCUGGUUCCGUAUGCCCAGCAAGCAGGAGAACGAGGAGGAGCAGGGCAAUGGCAAGACCACGGAUCGUGCUCAAAUCGAGUCCAAGCUGGAGGCCUUCGAGCGCCAGGUAAUCGAAGAACUGCAGCAGCUGCAGCAGAUUGAGCGACUGGCACGCGAGAUGCGCGCCCAUGCCCAAGGUGAGUCGGCAAGGAACGGCGCCUCCUACAAGCUGCGCUACCCCCUGAGCCGCACGCCAGUCCACAAGAUCACCCGAGCUGACAUUGAGCGUGCCCUACGGGACGACUAUGUGCGCCGCCUGCUGAGCAGGGAGAUGCAGCGCAGAACCUAUACCAAGCGCCAGAUUAUGACUGGACAGCAGCCGCAGACCCUGUCCAAGGAGGACAUCGUCAAGGUAAUGGCCUACGCCUAUCGCAUGGCCGCUGAGAAUGCCGAACGGAAGGCCAAGGAGCAGCAGCAGUCGCAGCAGAUGCUGCAGCAGAUGCAGCAACAGAAUCCCAUGAUGAUGCGCCAGUGGGCGGAGGGYGAGGCCAAGGCUAAAGAGCAGCAGCAGUCGCAGCAGAUGCUGCAGCAGAUGCAGCAGCAGAAUCCCAUGAUGAUGCGCCAGUGGGCGGAGGGCGAGGCCAAGGCCAAAGAGCAGCAGCAGGCGCAGCAGAUGCAGCAACAGAAUCCCAUGAUGAUGCGCCAGUGGGCGGAGGGCGAGGCCAAGGCUAAAGAGCAGCAGCAGUCGCAGCAGAUGCUGCAGCAGAUGCAGCAACAGAAUCCCAUGAUGAUGCGCCAGUGGGCGGAGAGUGAGGCCAAGGCUAAAGAGCAGCAGCGCCAAUGGAUGCAGGAGCAGACCAUGCCACAGCAAGAAAACGCCCAAAUGAUGCGACAGUGGUCGGAGGAGCAGGCAAAGGCACAGCAGCAGCAACAGAUGCGUCAAUGGAGCGAGGAUCAAGCAAAGGCGCAACAGGCUAAGGAGCAGGAGGCACAACAGCAGAUGCGCCAAUGGGUGGACGAACAGGCUAAAGCACAAAACUCACAGCAGCAGACACCCAUGGUAAUGCAGCAACCGAGUGCCCCAAUGAUGCGUCAGUUUAUGGUAGCGCAGAAAGCCCCUGAGCAAUUCCAAAUGCCCAUGACGAUGCAGCCGCAGGGACACAUGAUGAUGCGACAGUGGACAGAGGCCCAGACCCAGGAGCAGCAGCAGCGCCAAUGGAUGGAACAGCAGGCAAAGGCGCAGCAGGACAUGCAGCAGCGUGCGUGGUCGGAGGAUCAGGCCAAGGCGCAAAGGGAACAGGACUCAGCGCUCCAGACACCCAUGAUGCGGCAAUCCACCGAGGAUCAGGCCAAGGCGGCGCAGCAGCAGCAACAGGAGCAACAACGUCAAUGGGCCGAGGGUCAAGCCAAGGCACAGCAGGAUAUGCAGCAGCGUCAGUGGACCGAGGAACAGAUCAAGGCACAGGAAAAGCAAACCUCCGAGAAGAGCAUGAAUCAGGCAGCCGAGCGGCAGUGGGCGGCUGAGAAGAUGCUGGCUAUGCAGCAGCAACAGCAGCAGCAGCAGAUGGAUCAACAACAAAUGGAGCAGCAACAGCCGCAAAUCGAUGCCGAUGGAAUGCUGGGAGAGGCGAAACCGCAAAUGCCCGAAAACGCCGGCCAGGCACGACACAAAGUGGAUAUACUUGGCCUGGGUGGGGAUCACCGCAAGAAAUCCAAGUCCAAGUCGGCGCCCACCAUCAUCAACUACUACCAUAAUACGCCGUCAGCUAGCUAUGCACCGGCCUACGGUCCAAGUUACGGACAUGCGCAUAGACCCAGCUACGGCACCAGCUACGGCGGUGGCGGCUACGGCGGUGGCGGCUACGGCGGUGGUGGCUACGGCUCCAAUGCAUAUGGUGGGUAUCGGGCGGCUGUGGGUAACGACGAGAUCGACUCCAUGCUGCGCCAGCAUAACACCAUGAUGGCAAUAAAACCCAACGAGCAGAAGGAGCGGCAGGAUGAGCAGAUGAUCACCACUAUUACCACCACGAACAGCAACAGCAACAGCAACAACAACAACAACUACAACCACAACCACAACAACGACACUAGCUCGGGCACGCCCCCAUCCCUGCCGAACGGCGAUCAUCGCAUACAGAAAAGUCCAUCAACAGCAUCCACAUCAACAUCAACAUCCACAUCAUCAUCCACAUCGAAUGUUAACGAAACUGUUGGCUCCACAAUUGGCUUCAAAGAGGGCCUGCUCCGUCCGUAUAUGGGUCUGCUGCCCGUGGCCCAGCCAAACGAUCCCUGGAACCAGAAGCCGUACGAUCCACACUAUCCUCUAUACAGCGGCGGCGGCAGCUAUGAGGCGUAUCUGAGACCACGACGAGAUACGCACAUCAUGGCGCGCACGCAGCAGCUGCUCACGCCCGGCAUGCUGGAGCGCCUGUUGCGCAUUAAGGCGGAGUUUCAGCGCCGGUUUCCCCAUCUCUAUCAGGGCAUGCUCAAUCAUCAUACGAAUCAGACGCGUGUGGUUGUCAAGCCGCCGCUUUUGGUGCGUCUGUCCAGCAGCAGGGCGAGGGGAAAGGAUGAGCCUGUCUAUGAGCUUGGCGCCGCCGAACGUGGCCUCUUUGACGAGACGGAGGAGGAGGAGCAGGAGUCGGAGGACCCGGAGCUGGACAAUGCGAUGCGAACGACCACGGAGAAGAACAAGUCAAAUCGACGCAUCGCCAAGAAGGACGACCUUGAUGACGAGGUGGACUACUUUCAUUUCGAGGAUGACGAUGACGAUGUCGCUAACGAUAACGAUAACGAUAACGAUAAUGAUGAUGAUAACGAUACUGAUAUUAUUGAUGAUUAGCUAAAAGUUAUUUGAAUUAUGUAUGUACACCCAAUUAAAAGAAGCACUUUACAAAAAUGUAGAAAAUGA